GGCGUGGGGAGGGAAAGGGGAACGGCCCACAGAGCGGGCAGCUGCCGGCCUGGCUGAGCUCAGUUUAGCUCAGCUCAGCUCAGCUCGCCACGAUGAAGCCGCGAGGUUAUGGAUUUCUGUUAUUGCUCCUUCAUCUCCUGAGGGCUGUUAUUGCAGUAGAGAAGAAGCACGUCGUCAGUAAACUUGGAGACAACGCUACACUGAGCUGCACUUAUAACAAAAGAGACUUGCAAUUAAAAAAUCUACGGGUAUAUUGGCAAAUCGCCGGUCAAGUCACGUGUUCAGUUGUGCACACACUGAUCGCUGGUCGAGACAACUACAGUAAUCAGUGUAUUCACUUUAAAAACAGGACUCAAUUAUUUGGGGACAGAUUGGAAAAUGGUGAUUUUUCUCUACUGCUAUUGAAUGUCAGGCAGAGUGAUAACCAUACGUACCAAUGUAUAGUACAGGAGAAAAGAGAACUUACCAAAGUGGUUCACCAGGAAGAAGUGGUCCUCAGUUUAGCAGCUAGCUACAGCCAACCAAUACUCAGUGGACCAAUAAGAAACAGCACUGGGGAGGAGGUGACUUUCAGCUGCAGGUCUGGCAAUGGAUACCCAAAGCCCAAAGUCUACUGGAUUAAUAAAAUGAACAACAGUCUCCUGAAUGCAACAACGCUGAAGUUCCACUCCCACGCCGACGGCACCUACAGCGUUUUCAGCACCCUGACGGUGAAAGCCACUUCCAACAUGCAAAUAGAGUGCUCCAUAGAAAAUGAAAUGCUGCAGGAAAAUCUGUCAGCCAACUACACAGAGCAGAAGCAAAGCAUUGGUUCUAGCACAGAAAACCUAGGAAAAAAGGGACGAGUUGCUCAAGCAGCUGGCAUCAUCUGCAUUGUCAUUCUGAUAGGCCUUCUAGCUGUUUUGUUCUGCUGGCUGUGGAGACGGAGGUCCUCCCGUCUGGUGUCCUACACAGAUGUCCCACCAAAUGAAUACAAAGGAGGACUCAACCCACCUGCCUAAAUGGAAAGUUUGCCAACAAUUUGGGCAGCUGGAGGAGAUGUGUCAAGAGAAGCAUCAUUCCCUGUCUCAGUGGCAGCAUUGUUUGUAAUACAAGUGACAGAUUUCUGCCAAGAGAGAUGGCAAAAAAAAAAAAAAA